AUGCCUCAUCCAUCGUCCACCUGUAGCCUCCCCCCAGAGAUGAAGGAGAAUUGCUUCCCUGCCACUCCUGAGCUCACAAUUGGUCCCCGCGGUGAUCGGACUUUCUAUUUCGCUAUUGUUUUUUCUUUCCCUUAUGAUAGGAACUGGUGCCCCGAGCCCACAGAUCCCAGCGGCCAGCCAGAGGAGGACCUGGCGGGAGGCCCUGCCAAGCUGCCCGCGGCCAACGGCCCCGUGGCGGGGCCUGCUGGGGAUAGCUCGGAGGGCCCCCAGCCAGAGGACUGCGAGUCCGGAGAUCUCAUCACCUCCCAGCUCGGGCCGCAGCUCAAACUGCUGCCCAUUAACGACCAGAUCCGCGAGCUCCAGACCAUCAUCAGGGACAAGACCUCUGGAAGACCUGAGUUCAAGUUCUCAGGGGAUAGGCUAGUGAGGACUGUUUGAAAGAAGUAUCUGCUUCAACAAUCCUUUUUUUCUCUUUUUCCCUUUUCUUCUGUAACAGGAUACAAGUAUGAAGGAGUGAAAUUUGAGAAGGGAAAUUGUGGGGUCAGCAUAAUGAGAAGUGGGGAGGCCAUGGAGCAGGGUUUGCGGGACUGCUGCCGCUCCAUCCGAAUUGGAAAGAUUCUGAUCCAGAGUGAUGAAGAGACCCAGAGGGCCAAAGUCUAUUAUGCCAAGUUCCCUCCGGACAUCUACCGGAGGAAGGUUUUACUGAUGUAUCCGAUUCUAAGCACUGGAAAUACUGUCAUCGAGGCUAUAAAAGUCCUUGUAGAACAUGGAGUUCAACCCAGUGUCAUCAUCGUCCUCAGUCUCUUUUCUACUCCUCAUGGUGCCACAUCAAUCAUCCGCGAGUUCCCAGAAAUCACAAUUUUAACCACAGAGGUCCAUCCUGUUGCACCAACGCAUUUCGGACAGAAGUAUUUUGGAACAGAUUAAGUUUGAGGAAAACUGGGUUUCCCUUGACUAUAUCAAAAGAGUGUAUUGAGUUUCCUCUUUUGUCCUGUUUUCAGUUGGGAAAUGGGAAGUGAUGGGGCUGUUUAAAUGAAUUUCUUUUUCUGGUCCAAACAGAAUAUAUUGGCAGGCUUCAUUUCAUUUGGUUAUUUUUUGACUGUUGGAACCAAGUGCAAUAAUGAGGCACACUCGGCUCUUAGAAUUGAUGGGAACUUUAAUAAUGUGCUUAUGCAAAUUAUUGGAUUCUUCAAUGAAUUAAUUUAUUCUCUAGUUUCUGAACUGCCCUGCUCUGAGGUUUCUUGUAGUUACAAAUAAAACCAAAAAGAGUCCGUUCUCUAAGGCCCGCUGGGAAGUGCAUUGUGUUCUGUUUGCUUUCAGAGAGA